GGCGGAGAGAUAGUCGGGAGCGCCGCCCCUUCCUCGUCCGAUGGCGGUCAUUCCCGAAUCCUUCAGCCACGUGUUGGCGGAGUUGGAUUCCCUGGACCCCUUGUUGUCCGCUCUCAGGUUGGAUUCCAGUCGCCUGAAGUGCACGUGCGUAGCCGUGUCGCGGAAAUGGCUGGCUCUGGGAAGCUCGGGAGGAGGCCUCCACCUCGUCCAGAGAGAAGACUGGAAACAGAGGCUCUAUCUGACCCAUCAGGAAGGUGCCGUUUCCCAGGUGGCCUGGUGCCCCCAUGACGAAGAUUACAUCGCUGUGGCGACCAGCCAGGGCCUGGUGGUGGCCUGGGAGCUGAAUCGGGAACGUCGAGGGAAGUCCGAACGGAUCUGCGUGUCGUCGGAGCACCGAGGGCGGACCGUUACGGCCCUCUGUUGGGACGCGGCCGCUUUCCGGGUGUUCGCGGGCGAUCACGCGGGGAAAGUGUCCGCCAUGAAGAUCAACACAUCCAAGCAAGGAAAGGCCGCGGCCGCCUUCGUGAUGUUUCCGGUCCAGGUUAUCACCAGGGUUGACUCGCGAAUCGUGCAGCUCGAUCAUCAGGAGGGGAGGCUGCUCAUAUCGUCACGCACUCGCUCCUUCUUAUGCGACACCGAGAGGGAAAAGUUCUGGAAAAUCGGGAACAAGGAGCGGGACGGCGACUACGGAGCGUGUUUCUUCCCGGGCCGGAGCAGCGCGGGCCAGGGGCCGCUCGUCUACUGCGCCCGCCCCGGCUCGCGCAUGUGGGAGACGACCCUGGAGGGCGAGGUCCUCAGCACCCAUCAGUUCAAGCAGCUGCUCGCCUCCCCUCCUCUUCCCGUGGUUUCGCUCAGGACCGACCUUCAGUAUAGCAACGUUCCCGGCUCACCCCAGUCUCUGUCCUUUGCCAAACUCCUGUACUUGAGUGAGCACUGUGUGAUGACCUGGACCGAAAGGGGCAUCUACAUCUUCGUGCCGCAGAGCGUCCACGUUCUGCUGUGGAGCGAAGUCAAAGAUAUUCAGGACGUGGCCGUCCACAGGAACGAGCUGUUCUGCCUGCACACAACGGGGAAAUUGUCGCAUUUGUCGUUGCUGGCCGUGGAGCGGUGCGCGGCCCGCCUGCUCAGGAGGGGCUGCUGGGGCCUGGCCGCCCGCGUCUGCUGCCUCUUCCAGAACUCCAUCCUUCCCAGCAGAGUACGGAAAACUUUACCCGUCGACAAGCUGGAGCACUUGAAAUCCCAACUGGACGCCUCCACCCAAGGCGACCUCAUCGCCCAGCUGGACGACACGAUUUCCAAGCUGGAACCUCUAGGUUCUGCCUGCAGCAGCAGAAGGAGCUCCAUUUCAUCGCACGAAAGCUUCAGCGUCCUGGACUCUGGCAUCUAUCGGGUCAUUAGUCGAAGAGGCAGCCAGUCCGACGACGACUCUUGCUCCCUGCACAGCCAGACCCUUUCGGAAGAUGAGCGACUUAAAGAGUUCACCUCCCAUCAGGAGGAAGACCAAGCCGACCAGGACCAUGUCUCUCAUGCUUCAGCGCUGGCCGAGACCGAUCGGAACGAAACUUUCCUCCCAUUCAGUAUCCCAUUGUCAUUUCGUUCUCCAUCUCCUCUCGUCUCCCUCCAGGCCGUCAAGGAAAGCGUCUCCAGCUUCGUGCGGAAGACGACCGAGAAGAUCGUCACCCUCCACCCGGGCCCCGACCCAAGAGGGAGAGCGGAGCCCAGAGACGACGAGGCCACCCGGGAGGAGGUGGUCGACGCGGUCGCCGUCCCCUGCCUGCAGGCCGAAGAGAACGAGAUCGAAGUAAGUAAUGAACCUCCAGAAGAAGACCAACUUCGGGAGCUCAAGUUGGCGACGGCGGAAACGAGAACCAAGCUCCAAGAUCCCCUUGUGGUGUUUGAGCCAGCGUCCCUGCGAGAGGCUUUGCGGGAAUGGCUCGUCUGCCUAGAGAAAACAUUUGACCCCAAGGAAAUCUCCCGCCUGGCACAGGAGGAGCAGAAGGAGGAGGAAGAGGAGGAGGAGGAGAGCGACUCUUUAGGGAAGAAAGGCCGGAAAACAUUUGACCCCAAGGAAAUCUCCCGCCUGGCACAGGAGGAGCAGAAGGAGGAGGAAGAGGAGGAGGAGGAGAGCGACUCUUUAGGGAAGAAAGGCCGGGAAGAAUCUCUUCCCCGCGAAUCCCAAAGCACCAUUUUGGCAUCAGGCCUCGGGCAGAACCCGAGCUGCAGCGAAGAUCCCGGAGGCAAAGGAGCCCGGGAAACGGCUGGGGAUUUGGAGGAAGCCUCAAGAAGCCGUUGUUUCCGAGUCUCUUCUCCUUGUUUCAUAGACGAGGACGUGCGGAGGGACUUGGGACAGCUGGCCAGUCUGUGUCUGGAGUUAAACGUGUCCACGGCUGAGAGCGGGUGGACGGGAGGCCCCGGUGACCGAGCCAGCCAGUCGCCCGCUCCCUGGCCCCCAGCCUGCCAAUUCAUCCAGAAUUUCUUUUUCCUCCUGGAUCUGAAGAGAGUAAAGCAGUGCGUCCGAACUAGUUACGCCGACAAUCCCAGGGUCUGGGAGACGUACGUCGACGGGUUGAAAGAACUGACUGAGUCUGGUCCUGUGUGUCAGGCAAUAGAAGCUGGAGAUCUCCCGGCCGUAAUGACCCUGUUAGAUGACCUGUCCCCCUGGGAUAGCCCUCUGCUUCUGGGUCACGCUGCAAGGUUGUAUGAGAAAUUUGGGGAAAGAGCUCUGCGGCCCUUAAUCCGGUUCUACCCCUCCAUCCUGCCGGCGGACAUCAUGUGUCUGUGUCGCCACGAUCCCGCUCAUUUUUUGGCCUAUUUGGAUCAUCUCGUCAAAUCAAGGCCCGAAGACCAAAGGAUGGCUUUCCUCGAGUCGCUUCUCCAGCCCGAGUCUCUCCGGUUGGAUUGGCUGGUCUGGGCAGUCUCCCAUGAGGGCCCGCACCCCCGGAGCACUGUAGACAACGAAGGGAACCCCAGGCCGCAGUCCCACCUGUGCUCUUGGGGUUACAGUCACCUGAUUCUGCUGCUGAUCAAACUCCCGGCCGACUUUGCCACCAAAACGAAAAUGGCCGACAUCUGUAAGUCUUCCGGCUUCUGGCCCGGUUACCUCUCUCUCUGUGUGGAACUGGAUAGAAGAAGAGAAGCCUUGACCAUUAUCGUGCACCUGGACGACAUGAGCCUAAUAGAUGGAGAAAAUGGUGUGAUCCCGGAGGCUGUGGAGGAGUGGAAACUGCUCCUUCACCUGGCCCAGCGUGGCCGGGCCCGCGAGGAAUCUCCCAAUGGAAGUCCGGGCCCCGACGUUCCCCGGAGCAUCCACGGGGAAAGCGUGGCCCUCCUCCUGGCCAAGGCCGUGGGCCCCAACCGGGCCUGGCCCCUGCUGCACGAGUGUGGGCUGGCGGGCCACUUGUCGGAAACUUUUACCCACCACUGUGACAUCCUGAGGAUUGCCGAGACAAGGCAGAGGGCCCUGAUCCAGAGCAUGCUGGAAAAAUGCGACCGAUUUCUCUGGUCCCAGCAGGCCUAGCCGGCGGGGAUGGGACGGGGGGAGUUGGGAAGACACACGGAGAAGCCUUCACGGAUCACCGAGCCAAGUGCUCCGGAGAGAGACGAAAGCAGAGGCCGGCUGGUCUCUCACUUAGAGAAGCAGCGUGGCUCAGUGGAAAGAGCCCGGGCUCUGGAGUCAGAGGUCGUGGGUUCAAA